AUGCACUCCCAUUCGGGCGAGUUCUGCCCUGGCCAUGCCAAAGACCAACUCGAGGAGAUUGUAAAACAUGCAAUUUCCGUUGGCUACAAAACCAUUGGUUUCACAGAGCACAUGCCUAGGUAUGACCUACGAGAUCUGUAUCCUGAAGAGCUCGAUGACCCUCAAGCUGCCCUGGAGGCCCUCCCACCACGUCAUGAGUGUUAUCUUGUUGAGGCACAGCGUCUACAGCGCGACUACGCCUCACAGAUUCACAUCCUCAUCGGAUUCGAAGCCGAAUUCAUCCGUUCUAGCUGCGCAAUGCAUGUCCGCAAGCUAGCAGAGCAUCCCAUCAUUGACUACUUCAUCGGCUCAGUGCACUACGUUCACCACACGCCGAUUGACUAUUCGAAGGAGAUGUUCCUCACUGCCCAAAGCCAAAGCACGCGGCGAACAGAAGAGUCCCUCUAUGAAGAUUACUACGAUUUGCAGUAUGAGAUGCUCACUGAGCUUAAGCCGCGUGUAGUGGGACAUUUCGAUCUCAUCAGACUGAUGAGUGAGGAUCCUGACAGGGAUGUCAGGCAGUGGAAGGGUGUUUGGGAGCGCGUGUUGCGAAAUCUAGCGCUUGCGAAGGAGCAGGAUGGUUGGCUUGAGGUGAACAGUGCUGCACUUCGAAAAGGCCUUGCAGAGCCCUAUCCUUGCAGGAUUAUUGCCGAGGAAUGGAUCAAGAUGGGCGGCAAGUUCACUUUCUCAGACGACAGUCAUGGUAUUGCUCAAGUGGCUACAAACUACGCUCGCACAGUCACUUAUCUCGAAAGUCUGGGCAUCAAGGAGGUGUGGACUCUCAAGAGGUCGACUCAUCCCGGCAUUGAGGGCUCGCAGAGAGCAACUGUCGAGGAAGUAAGCGUGCCGUUGAGUGAGUUCCGCAAGAACUUCUCAUAG